CGCACCCCUCGCGGUCCUGACUUCCUUGCUCAUGUUCUCCCUCCUUCUGGGUGUGUCACUUAUACGUUGCUGACAUUCUAUAUUUUUUUACUUUUUGCCUGGACAUUAUCGAUAGAGAAUGAGGCUGGAAUUCACAGGAGAGAUGACUGUGUUGGAUGUUCCCAUCACAGAGGUGACCGGUCACACACAGAAGAGCCCAACUCUGCCUGGUGGGGUGGAGAAUGCGGCGUUCUGGGGUCUGCAUCCUUGGGCCUUGCCAGGUAAUGAGGGUCAGGAGGAAUGGGAGGAACCAGGAAAACACCAGGGAAAGGAAAACCAGGGCCCAGAGACGGACCAGGCUCUGACCAUGACUGCGGUUCUUGUGCUGGGGCAUUUGGUUAGAGGAGGAAUGAGGCCCGUGGCCUGUAUGAGCACAGGACGACUCCAUGUGGAUGAUGGGACAGGAAGCAUGGACUCUCUGUUGUGCUGGAAUGUGACAUGAAAGCAAUGACAUUUUAUGGAACGUCGAAGUCUUCUCUGUCCCCAACAGUCUUCCAGCCAGGUGACAAAGCCCACCAUAGGCACAGCGCCUGCACCUCGGGAGAGAUGGACUUUCGUGUAUAGUCCUCCAGACUUCGGGGAUGUCGAAGGACUUAAAACAGAUGUGACCAUUUUAUAAUCAAGGGAGAGAUACAUGUAAUUAACACAGAACAGGCAGGCCUAAGGGGCCAAGGAGUGCUUAUCUUUGGGGAGAUGGUGGGGAGGGCUCUUGGGGCUCUGCUGGGGCCAAGCAUUCUGUCUCUUGCACAGAAGAACUUAGUUAUAUGAGUCCAGAAGGCGAUGCUAGGGAUGGAUUUGGGCCACAGUGGUGGGCACAUCAUGACUUUCCAUCCUUCCACGGGACAAGUCAAUGCUUCUCUGGGACUGCUCAACAGCCACAAGGCCAGACUCAGAGUGGCUGUUACUGGGCUACCACAUUCUUCCCAGCCUUCCCAUGAGGUUAUGUGGGCACGCAGCCCAGGAGAGAACUGAGUCAGAACGAAACCCAGCAGGAACCAAGAGAGACCCAGCUCCCAGCCAGGCAGUCUGGGAUUGUGAAAACACGGUCCAGAAGAUGUGUCUCCAUGUCCAAGUGCUCUUGGCAAUGGCCUAGGGUGGUCCCUCUCCCUCGGCUCUGAUGUUCAGGCACAAAGAGAACACAGCUUCUAGUAGCUUAUCCCCUCAAAUGGAGGGGAAAAUUAAAGACUGUUGAAUAAAUUUAGGAUUUCCAGCUAAUCCAGACCCAGAAACUGCCUUGCUCUGCUACCUCCUGGACUAGAUACACUAAUCCAAAUAAUAUAUGUCAAACCCAGUCUCCUGUGUAUGCUUAUGAAAAACACAAACUUAAUUAUACUUCAUUUUUUACAGAAUUUACUGGCAUCUAGAGCUGGAAGAUAAUGAAUAAUUAAUAAUAAGAAAGAAAAAUGACUUGAGGGCUGCACACCACCAGCCCUGCUAGAGUUCAGUCGGCAUCUUGGGUAUGACUUAGUGUAUCUGAAAUACAUUAACAGUUAACCAACAGUCGGCAGUGCUGGCAGCUGGGUGGGCUGAGAAGGAUUGCCGGCUCAGAGCAAAUCAUUAGAUGAGUCCUCUGGCCCCCAAGGAGAUUCGCUGCGUUGGCAGUGCUCAGGCCCCUGUCGUGGACGCUGGAAGGACUAACAACAGCCUUAGCUGAGGGAGGAGUGUGGUCAGGAUCGCUGGAGCUAGCAGAAUAGUAAAGAUCUAUUCUAGACACCCAUCUGCUUUUGUGGAUAAAUACACAGCACAAGGGGAUCCCAGGAAGCCAAGUCCCACCUCCAGAGGAGGCUAACGCCUUGCUCAUGACAGGUGGGUCUCAGAGUCCCCAGGCAGUGACACUGAACUUCUCAGGGCACAAAUGAGCCCCUCUGGCACUCAGCUGCUAGGAUCCCGGCUGCCAGUCUUUGAGGAAGGGAAGGUCUUCCCUUUGUGAGGACAGCAGACUGCAUCGCUAAGCAACAAGCACUUCUGCCAUCCUGCCCACGUCCACCUAGCGGUAUAGAGGACAGCACCCACUCUUGGCGUCUGGACCCGACGAGAAGCCAUUCCUGUACUUUAGGUUGGGUGUGGGGACAGAUCAGCAGAACCUUCUGGAGAGGCAGAGGCUGGUCAGUGAGUACGUACUGGCCUGCACACCACAGAACCUGAGUAAGGGGACUUAGCCAGAGAGGUAGACUGAGUCACCCAGGCUAUGUACCUACAGGCACACUUCAACCCGAAAUAUGCAUCUCCGGGAUGCCUUGGGUGCUGGCCCUGCAGAGCAAACGGUACUGGAAUUCAUGUCUGUGAUAAGGAGGCCAAGGGGAGUGCUUCUCCACGCAGGUAGAGGAGAGUCAACUGAUGAUGUGGGAGUGUCAUAUAUCAGUCUGUUGAUUUCAUUGGUUAAGUAAUAAACACACUGCUUGGGCUCAUAGGUUAAAGCAUUGGUGGGAGGAAUAAACAGAAUAGAAUUCUGGGCGGAAGAGGAAGUGAGGUCAGACUCUGCUCUGCUCCGGGAGAGACCGGAUAGCUCUGUGCUCUGAGGCAGACGCAUGAAGCUCUCCCAGGAUGGACAGAGGCUAGAAUCUUCCCGGUAAGCGCACCUUGGGGUACUUACACACAUCAUUAGAAAUGGGCUAGUCCAGGUGCGAGAAUUAGCCUGUAAGGGCUAGAGUUCAUGGGCCAAGCAGUUCUUAAAUGAAUACAGUUUGUGUGUUGUUAUUUCGGGCAUGAGCUAGCCAAGCAGCUGGGGUGUUGGGGACGCAGCCCCGCCGCUCUUAUUUCAACAAACUGAGUUCAACUCGAAUCCUUUGAACAGCCAGUGUUUCCAAAAUGGGUGUUGAUGUUGGGUGCAGGGAUGAACAAGAUGGCCUACUGGGGCAUCUGGCCAUUCCCUUAGGUACAUAGGAAGUGCGUGGGUCCUACUAAGGAAAAGGAGGUACUCCUGAGAGGAAGGGGGAGUCCAAGGACUGUCCUCAUCAGUGUCCUCAUCCAUCCCCUGAAUAUUAUAUUGAGAAACUGAGACUCAGGAGGGCAGGGCCUAGCUGGAGGACACAACUUGCCGUCCUUCUCCUGUCUGCUCCUGUGUUUCCUGCCACCACGGGAUGAGCAGUUUUGCCACACACUCGCCCUGCUGGGAUAGUCUGCCUCCCCUUUAACACAAGUGAGCCCAUCAGCUGUGGACGGAAAUGUCAGCAGUCGGCAGCUGACACCAACCUUCCCUCCUCGCACAGUUCCUCCCAGGGUUUGUCACAGGACUGAAGAGGGGUGCCGGAGGUCUGUGGCUCCCGUCUGUCCCCACUUGAUGUCUAAAUGGCCGAAGCUCACUGAGCUAAGCUAUGUUCACUGUGAUGGGGUCUCUGUGUUACCAGGGUUCUCAGAGACCAGGAGACCCCACAGCAGACACAGGGAGAAGGCUCUUACCAAAAGAGAAGGGCCACGCACCACCAAGAUGCACACGACAUGCAGCUGUUGCCUAACUGCCUGCAUGAUCAACGUUUAGAAAAGAAACUCUCUGAGGAUGGAAGACGAAGCCCCCGGGAUCACCCUGAAGCCACUGGUGUUCCGAGUGGACGAGAGCACACCCAGAGUCGUGCAGAGCGUCCUCCUGGAGCGCGGGUGGGACCAGUUUGAUGAGCAGCAUCAGGACGUGGAGGACUGGAAUCUCUACUGGAGGACGUCCUCCUUCAGGAUGGCAGAGCAUGUCAAUGUCAAACCCUGGCAGAGGCUGAACCACCACCCGGGGACGACCACCCUCACCAGGAAGGACUGCCUGGCCAAGAGCCUGGCACACAUGAGAAGGCUCUACUGCGAGUCCAUCUAUGAGUUCACGCCCCUAACGUUCAUCAUGCCCUGUGACUACACCAAGUUUGUGGCCGAGUACUUCCAGGAGAAGCAAGUGCUGGGUACCAAACCUAUGUACUGGAUCUGCAAGCCGGCAGAGCUGUCUCGGGGGAGGGGAAUCAUCAUUUUCAGCGACAUUCGAGAUCUCAUCUUCAAGGGCAUGCAUGUGGCACAGAAAUACAUCUGCAACCCUUUGCUCAUGGGCAGGUACAAGUGUGACCUCCGCAUCUACGUCUGCGUCACCGGCUUCAGGCCUUUGACCAUCUAUAUGUACCGCGAAGGGCUGGUGCGGUUCGCCACUGAAAAGUUUGACCUUGGGAAUCUGCAAGACGCUUAUGCCCAUUUGACCAACAGCAGCAUCAACCAAUCUGGAGCCUCGUAUGAGAAGAUCAAGGAGGUGGUGGGUCAAUGCUGCAAGUGGACGCUCAGCAGGUUCUUCUCUUACCUUAGGAACUGGGAUGUGGAUGACCUGCGGUUGUGGCGGAAGAUCAACCACGUGGUGAUUCUCACGGUCCUGGCCGUGGCUCCCACGGUCCCCGCUGCCUACAACUGCUUCGAGUUUUUCAGGCUUGACAUCCUCAUUGAUGACAACCUGAAACCGUGGCUUCUGGAAGUCAACUACAGCCCUGCUUUGUCCUUGGACUGCUCCACAGAUGUCUCUGUGAAGAGAAGCCUUGUCCACGACAUCGCUGAACUGAUUUAUUUAAACGGCCUAAGAACUGAGGAGAAGUGCAGCAGGGCUUCUCCAGGCUGCUCCAGGGUCUCCUUCGCCAGGAGUGACAGUGAGCUCUGCACAGCCUCUGAUCCCCUUCCCUGCGUGUCUCUCAUACGGUUUGCCAGCAGGACGUGCAGUGAAGCCAACUCGGCUGUACACAGAGCCACCGACAUCCGUCCCAAGCCCACGCGGACCUCCCAGCUGAGAGAGAGGAUGAACAAGCAAGACGGACUCCUGAGGAAGCAGCCAAAGGCCAGGGCUUGGCACACGCCUCGCAAGGCACUCUCUUCAUGUGCACCGUCAGCUCAGCCACAGCCCCACAGGACCAAGGGGCACAAGGCCAUCCUCAUGGAAGCUGGCUCCACACCCAAUGACCAGGAAGGCAACUUUGUUCUCAUUUUCCCUUUCAAUGAGGCUACUUUCGGAGCCUCCAAAAAUGGAUUAGAUGUCAAAAGAAUAAUCCAAGAGCUCCAGAAAUUAAUGAAUAAAAAACUCUCAAGUGGUAAAAACUAAAAUGGAGAAGCAAGGUGGAACUUUGGAAAACUAAGGAUUUCUCGUUUUUCUUUUCUUCCUUUUUUCCUCUCUGUCUCUCUGUCUCUCUGCCUCUCUCUCUCUCUCUCUCUCUCUCUCUCUCUCUCUCUCUCUCUCUCUCUCUCUCUCUCUUUCUGAUACAGGGUUUCUCUGCAUAGCCCUGAUUGUCCUGGAACUCACUCUGUGGACCAGCAGCUUAUCCUAUGAACUCAGAGAGCCAUGUGCCUCUGCUUCCUGGGUGCUGGGAUUAAAGGGGUGCACUACCACCACACAGCUGGAAACUAAGGAUUUUACCCCAGAGGAGAUGAUGGCCCAGUCCCUAGCAUGUGCCUUUAGCACACAGCAUUGUUACUGGGUGCAGAUGUGUGAACAGAGACAGUGGCUCCACUAGGGCGACUCCAUCAAACACUGAUCACACGACCCUGUCCCAUGUUAGGUUUCUCAGAUGGCUCGGCAGUAUCUCAGGGGCCACCUCUUAAUUCAGAGACAUGCUGUCCAGCACUACAAUCCAGCUGUCUAUUCCUUGUAACAUGAGAAAAACAUGAGAAAUAUUAUAACAUUUAAGGAGAUUUCUUAGGUCAAAUAGUACAAAAUAGGCAGGAAUCAUCUUUUAUUUUUAAUCAGCCAUUGUUUGUCAAAAUUAUUUUGGGGGGUUGAUGUGGGAUUCCCCCCUGUAUGCUGUGAAUAUGUUUUAUUACCAUUGUUUAAGAAACUGUUUUGGCCAAUGGCUUAGCAAAGUAAAGCCAGGUGGGAAAUCUGAACAGAGAGAGAGAGAGAGAGAGAGAGAGAGAGAGAGAGAGUAGGUGAAGGAGAUGCCAUGUAGCUGCUGAAGGAGAAGGACCCAGAACCUUUCUGGUAAGCCAUACCCUUGUAGUGAUACACAGAUUAAUAUAAAUGGAUUAAUUCAAGAUGUAAGAGCUCACUAGAAAUAUGACUGAGUCAUUGGCUGGACAGUGUUGUAAUUAAUGUAGUUUCUGUGUGAUUUUUCCGGUCUGGGCAUCUGGGAAAUGAAAGAGCAGUCUCCACCUACAGGGGGCUGGGAAGCUGGCUCAGUGAGAACCCACAUCUGAUUUCCAGCACCCAGACUGGAAGCCAGACGUGAUGGCACAUGCUUGCGGUCCCAGCACUGGAAAGAAAGGCUUCAGCAGGCAGGUGCCUGGGGUUCACUGGCCAGCCAGCUUAGCUGGGCCAGUAACCUCCAUAUCUCAGUCCCAGAGACUCUGACUCAAAACACAAGGUGGUCAGUUCCUGAGGAAGAACACUUGAAGUUCAUCUCUGGCCUCUACACACGCGCUUGUAUGCACUCGUGUACACCCACACAUCCGCUUCUGGCCUCUACACACAUUUGUAUGCACUCGUGUACACCCACACAUCCGCUUGUGUCAUCAUUGUACAGUCACUUAGGGUGCAGCAGAUUACAGGAAAUCCAGCUGUUUAUAAUCAUGCAUCCUAAAUCAGACAUUGUACAAACAGCUACCCAGAGGGACGUCUCCUUGAUUCCGUCAGGUUGACACAUUAACCAUCACACAGACAGUGAGUUCCUAGGGCUGGAGGCAGUGGGAUGAUGGUGAUCCUGUGGGUGAUGGAAACCCUCCAGCAUGAGAGAUCUGUGAUAACCACAUGGCUGCGGGAAUGUGCUGAGUGAUGCUUACGUUACGUGUAUUACGGUAAUGUGCCAAGGGUGAUGCUUAUGUUAUGUGUAUUAUGGUAAUGUGCCAAGGGUGAUGCUUAAGUUAUGUGUAUUACAGUAAUGUGCCAAGGGUGAUACUUAUGUUACAUGUAUUACGGUAAUGUGCCAAGAGUGAUGCUUAUGUUAUUUAUAUGUAUUACAGUAAUGUGCCAUGGGUGGUACUUAUGUUACGUGUAUUACAGCAAUGUGCCAAGGGUGAUGCUUAUGUUACGUAUAUUAUGGUAAUUGAAUAAAGA